AAGAAGAAGAUUCGAAUCAAAAGAUUCGUUUUGAAGCCUCGCGAAUCAGUGUUUAAAGCGAUCGUCACUAGAGUAUGGUGUCUUCACGUGUAAAUGCUUCUGUGUACAUUGAAAUAAUUAAUCCGUCUUCGAUUAUUUUAUUGGCUUGUCAACAGAAGACAGGAUUUCUUAAUACGCUAACCGUUAGCAGUGAGAUGAAGUUGAAAAUCUGACCCGGACUGUCCGGACAGCGUCAUAAACAUCUCCUGACUCAUACAGUUGUGUACUUUGAGGCCUUGACUACUACAGAAGCCACACUUGCAUUUGACCCCCAAAGACUACAUCAAGUCAAUUCACACCCAUAAAGUGAAAGUGAUUGAGACCUUCAGUGAAGCUCCUCCUACAACAAUCCACCAAUAAAUGCUGGAGUCAAACACACAGAGAAAUCACUCCAUGUGUGACAACUGAAAUCUUCAUGACAUAAUGUUGAUGCUGGUGAAAGAGGAGCUUGAGAAGAUGACAGAUCCACAACCAUGCAGAAUAAAGGAUGAAGAUACUGAGGAACAAAUAGAUAUGAUGGAAGUGAAAGAGGAGAGUCAAGCUGAAGUGGAUGAGAAACAUCAGAUUGUAAAAAUAAACCAUAAUGUUUCACAGAAAGAAACUCUGAAGACAGAAGACAUAAAGUGUGAAAAUAGUUCCAGUGAAGAUGAACGCCCUGAAGAUCACAAGAGGACUCACAGUGAGGAGAAACCUUUAACAUGUCAACAGUGUGGAAAGAGUUUCGCCUCUCAAUCGAACCUUAACCGGCACAUGAAAGCUCACAGUGGGGAAAAGCCACACGCGUGCCAGCAUUGUGACAAGAGGUUCCCAUAUACAAGUAAACUUAAGGAACACACAAUGUCUCACACUGGAGAGAAACCUUACACUUGUCAUCAAUGUGGAAAGAGUUUUACCUUUCAAACAGCCCUUUUCAGGCACAUGGAAGUUCACCCUGGGGAAAAGCCAUAUGCAUGCCAUCAUUGUGACAAGAGUUUCCCAGAUAAAACUCAACUUAAGAUACACAUAAGAGUUCACACUGGAGAGAAACCUUACACGUGUCAUCAGUGUGGAAAGAGUUUUACAACUGCAAGUGCCCUUAAGAAACAUUCUAGAACUCACACUGGAGAGAAACUAUUCACGUGUCAUCUGUGUGGAAAGUGUUUUAGAGACAAACGUAAACUUCAGGACCACGCAAGAAUUCACACUGGAGAGAAACCUUACACAUGUCAUGAGUGUAAACAAAGUUUCAGAUUUAAAGUCAACCUUACAGCACACAUUACAAUUCACACAGGAGAGAAACCUCACACGUGUCUUCAGUGUGAAAAGAGUUUUAGUAGGUGGAGCAACCUUAAGUCACACAUGAUAACUCACAGUGAAAAGAAACCUCACGCAUGUCUUCAGUGUGAAAAGAGUUUCAGAGAUAAAAGUGGACUUGAAACUCACAUGAGAAGACACACUGGAGAGAAACCUUACAUAUGCUCUCAGUGUAAAAAGAGAUUCACAAGUGAAGGUGCUCUUAAGAAACACACAAGAAUUCACACCGGAGAAAAACCGUUCACAUGUAAACAGUGUGGAAAGAGGUUUACCUUUCAAUCAUCCCUUAUCUGGCACAUGAAAGCUCACAGGGGGGAAAAUAUGGAAGAGAUCGUAGGGUUGCCCCUCGUGCAAAACACGAUGGAAGUGAAAGAGGAGAGUCAAGCUGAAGUGGAUGAGAAACAUCAGAUUGUAAAAAUAAACCAUAAUGUUUCACAGAAAGAAACUCUGAAGACAGAAGACAUAAAGUGUGAAAAUAGUUUCAGAGAAGAUGAACGCCCUGCAGAUCACAAGAGGACUCACAGUGAAAAGAAAUCUUUAACAUGUCAACAGUGUGGAAAGAGUUUCAGAAGAAAAGCUCACCUUGAAGCACACAUGAGGACUCACACUGGAGAAAAACCACACGCGUGCCAUCAGUGUGAAAAGAGUUUUACAACUGCAAGUAACCUUAAGAAACACAUGAGGUCUCACACUGGAGAGAAACCUUAUGCAUGUCAACAUUGUGGAAAGAGUUUCACCUUUAAAUCGAGCCAUAACCGGCACAUAAAGGCUCACAGGGGAGAAAAGCCACACGCGUGCCAGCAUUGUGACAAGAGGUUCUCAGAUAGAAGUGAACUUAAGAAACACAUUAGAGUUCACACUGGAGAGAAACCAUUCACAUGUCAUCAAUGUGGAAAGAGUUUUUCAAAAGAAGGGAAUCUUAAGAGACACAAGACAAUUCACACCGGAGAGAAACCGUUCACAUGUCAUCAAUGUGGAAAGAGUUUUGGACUUAAGUGUAACCUUAAUGCACACAUGAGACUUCACACUGGAGUGAAACCAUUCAUCUGUCAUCACUGUGGAAAGAGUUUCAGAACAAAAGCUCACCUUAACAUACAUGUAAGGAUUCAUACUGGAGAGAAACCUUACACGUGUCAACUAUGUGGAAAGAGUUUCACCUAUCAAACAGUCCUUAAUCAGCACAUGCAAGCUCACAGUGGGGGAAACAUGGAGUGAUUUUUGUGCCAUAAUUGAACAAACAAAUUCAGGGUUUUUCUGGGAGACUUGUAUAAAAUUCCAGAUAGCAAAAUCAUUCGUCACUUUUGUAAAAAAAAUCUAACUAAGAGAAUAUCUGUUGCAAAACACAGUAAAUUAAUUUGUUUCUUUGCUUUGCUUUCUGUUUGUUUGUGAGUACAGUUUUCUCUUUGCAAAACAGAUUGAGUUUGUUUGCAAAAUGCUGGAUUUGUUUGUAUUAUUAUGGCACAAAAUUCACUCCAUAAAUGGCGCGUUUAAAGCGUGGAUGAAGCGCACAUUCGUUGCUUUGCUUUCACGGAUGGCCAGUGGCACAUUCAUACUGGCCGCGCGUGUUAUGGCUGUUUGACCAUUCAUCCAGUAAUAAGAUCUUCCAGUGACGUAGCGUCUGGGCAUGAAGGGUAUGCACGUGCAAAUGGGCCCGGGCCAAUAGGGGGCCCGCCCCAGCUUUUAAUAAAACAUUUUUUUCAAUUUAAUUUUUAUUUGUGGCCGCAAUAAAUAUAUUUUUGUAUGCA